AUGGAGAGCAUAAAGAAGUUCUUCCGUACGAUAAUACGUGGAGAGGAUGUCGACUACGCUCAGUUUGAAUCAAAGAUGGAUGGCACCGACAUUGUUACGUUUCGAGAAAAUGACAAGGCUUUUCGAUUAUUUGGUACGAACGUUCAUGUAAAGACAACUCUACAGUUCUUCUUCGAGUUCCCACCUCAAUCGACUUUAGGGCAUCAGGAAGACAUGGGAGGUCGAAUAAUCGUACAUGGA